ACUUUUGGGUCGUGAGCGCGUGAAUCGUCAAUCGUGACAUUCGUGACUCGCACAAAUUUUAUCUAAAUUCUAAAGCCAACUUACAAUUAUUGUGUAUUAGUUGGCUCGAGGAAGCUCCUAAUGAUGCCUUCUAUAUGGAAAAUGCCUUCCCACAUGGAAUGUGUGAUAAGUACUUAUAAAACUCUUACAAAAAUACCAAAUGUUUUGUUUGCCAAAUUGGAUAAAAGUGGUGGAAAAAUACACUCAAGAUGGUCUAUAAGGAACAUAGAUCGGGGAUGUAACACACACUACACCAUGGAAUUUAAAAUUGAUGAGAAAUUUAAUGUCCUCAACAAGUCUACAUUCGGAGUAAACAUUAGCAAUCAGCUGCUGUCAGCUGAUUCUCCGAGUGAAAACUUUAAAGCAAUCAUAUAUGAGGAUAAAUCUGGUAAAGAUAAUAAAACCUUUUUGGAAGUCUGGUCUAAUGACACUCUCACUCACUCUGUAGACCUCACGGCUUUGGACAUCCAUGGAAAUGUUUAUGGGGAUUCUGAAUUUGGAAGCGUGGAUUGGUCGCCAGAUGAGAAAUUUUUGGUCUAUGUAGCAGAGAAGAAACCAAAGAAAUCCGAACCCUUCAUUAAAAGGAAACCUUCUAAGGAUGAGAAGGAAGACGUAGAUAACUCAGAUAAGAAAAUUGUGCCAGGCGAGGAGCAUUUAUACAAGAAGGAUUGGGGCGAGCAACUGAUUGGGAAGAUACAAACGGUGGUAGUACUGUGCGAAAUCGAAGCUGAGAAGUUCACCAUACUCCAGGGUCUGCCCGAGACCUGGUGUCCAGGACAGGUAUGUUUCGCUCCGGACGGCGAACAUGUGAUAGGCGUGGCGUGGGACGUAGAAAAGUAUAGACUGGGGCUGAUCUACUGCACCAACCGACAUAGCUACAUCUUUAGUCUGAAUACUAAGACGGGAGCUUACAAGAAGUUGUCACCUGAUGGUAUGUCGGUACGGUCCCCGCGGCUAAGCCCCGCCGGCGAGUUGGUGUGGCUGCAGCGCGCCGCCGCCGGCCCCCACCACGCCGCACACCGCCUGCUGCGCCUGCCCUCUAGCGUGAUUAACAACUUAGACACAACAGAAGACAUACAAUCACAAGUUCAAACAGUGAUAGACAUAGUUGAGACUUCUAUGGAGAUAUCGGGGGACACUUUCUAUGGGAUCUACUGUCAGAGUCUACCGAAGAAGUGCUUCAGCGUAGACGGUAGAAGACUGGUGUUCAGCACACCACAGAAGAACGAAGUUAGGAGUUACGUGGUGGAUUUAGAUAAUCGCACCAUCGUGGAUAUAUCCAACAACAAGAGCGAGCAAGGCUCCACAACAGUAACCAGCGUGCGUUCGGGCGUCGUGCUGGCUGUUUGCUCCAACCUCACCACUCCCGGCAAACUGUUCGUAGCAAAACUUCCUCCUAUCGGCUCAGAACAAUCAAUCCAGUGGUCCUACGUGUGGGGCCCAACAUUACCGGCCAAAGUAGCGGAGGUCAUCAAGUCAGCUACUGUCAAGUAUUUGGACCACGAACAUAAAGCCUCUAGUGAUGACGUCAAAUCAUUCACAUCGAUAUACAUGGGUCCCAGCUCCGGUACCAACUACCCGCUAAUCGUGUGGCCGCACGGCGGUCCGCACUCCGCCUUCUCCAAUACAUAUUUCUUGGAGGCUGCCUUUUAUAAUAUGCUGGGCUUCGCGUUACUACGCAUUAACUAUAGAGGCUCGACUGGCGCGGGGGACGCCAACGUAAGAUGCAUAAUGGGCAACGUCGGACAAUAUGACGUCAAAGACUGCCUUCUCGCUCUAAACGACGCGAGGGAAAGAGUCGGAUAUACCGAGAAAGUAGUCCUCUAUGGCGGGAGUUUUGGCGGUUUCACUACGGCUCAUUUGGCCGGACAAUACCCGGACAUGUUUAAGGCUGUGGUGAUGAGAAAUCCUGUAAUCGAUAUGGUGUCUAAGAAAAAUUACGGGGAUAACCCUGACGGGUGUGCAGUAGAGGCCGGGUUCACGUACCGCGAGGACGGGCCUGUGACGGAAGACCAGCUGUUGGCUCUACGGCGAUGCUCACCCCUCGUCCACGUGCAUAAAGUGAAGGCGCCCACGUGUCUGCUGCUAGGGUCCAACGACAAGAGGGUACCGGCAUACCAGGGGCUGGAGUACGGGAAGAGAUUGAAGGCGAAUGGAGUAAAGACCAGGAUUCACAUGUACGAGGAUAACCACACCCUGGGCAGUCUGCCGGUCGAGAUGGACUCCCUCAUCAACGCGGCCGACUGGCUCAUCACAGCUAUCAAACCCGAAUAAUUAAAAAAAGACAAAAAUAACUUUAAAAAUAAAAAGUA